CCAGGGCCUGCCGGGUGCUUCCGCGUUCGCGAGCGCUCUCCGCCCGAGCCCGCAGGGGGAGGGGUUGGGGGCGACGAGUCCCUUGGUCACCCACGUCCACCCUACCCUUCUCGGCGGGUCUUCGGGGCCCUCCCCAUCGCCUUUUAGGGGACCCGAUGGCCUCGGAAGGCCUUGCGGGGGCGCUGGCGGCCGUUCUGGGGGGCCGGGGUCUGCGGGUACAGAGCUGCGAUUCGAAACCGGCCGGGGAGCCGCUGGCGCCCGUGCGGCUGCGGAAGAAUGUCUGCUACGUGGUGCUGGCCGUGUUCCUCAACGAGCAGGAUGAGGUGCUACUCGUCCAGGAAGCCAAGAAAGAGUGCCGUGGGUCGUGGUACCUACCCGCGGGGAGGAUGGAGCCUGGGGAGACCAUCGUGGAGGCGCUGCAGCGGGAGGUGAAGGAGGAGGCUGGGCUGCACUGUGAGCCUCUGACACUGCUGUCCUUGGAGGAGCGGGGCCCCUCCUGGAUCCGCUUCGUGUUCCUUGCUCGCCCUACAGGUGGAAUUCUUAAGACUUCCAAGGAAGCAGAUGCAGAGUCCUUGCAGGCUGGCUGGUACCCACGAACCUCUCUGCCCACUCCACUUCGAGCCCAUGACAUUCUGCACUUGGUAGAGCUAGCCGUGCAGUAUCGCCAGCAAGCCAGGCACCCUCUCAUUCUGCCCCAAGAGCUUCCCUGCAGUUUGAUCUGCCAGCGGCUUGUGGCCACCUUUACCAGUGUCCAGACAGUGUGGGUGCUGGUUGGCACUGUGGGGAUGCCUCACUUGCCCAUCACCGCCUGUGGCUUUGCUCCCAUGGACCAGAGGGGUGGCAUCAAGAUGGCUGUCCUGAGGCUGCUACAGGAGUGCCUGACCCUGCACCAUUUGGCAGUGGAGACCAAGGGGUUGCUUGGACUGCAGCACCUGGGCAGAGACCAAACGGAUGGCAUCUGCUUAAACGUGCUGGUGACGGUGGCUUUCCGGAAUCCAGGUAUCCAAAAUGAGCCCCCAAAGGUUCGGGGUGAGAACUUCUUUUGGUGGAAGGUGGAGGAAGACCUACAAAGCCAGCUCUUACAGAGGCUUCAGGAAUCAUCUGUGGUCCCAAUCAAUAGAUAGGAGGCUGCUGUCUGUGGGCCAGGACAUGGGCAUCUCUGCUUUAGAGGAGGCUUUGCCUCCUCUAAGGGGGACAGGGUUGGCAGUCAGGGAUCUUGUCACAUCAGAACCAGGACAGUUCUCCUGGCUCCGAGGGAGACUUCUGUCUCUCAUCACCAUGGACCAGGUUUCUGCAUUGCACCAAAAGAGACAGUGCCUUCAAUCAAGCAGAGCUCAUAGACCCAGUUGCCCAAGGGGACAAUGAUGGCAUGACUCCCUAAGGGGAUGUGAGGACUUUCUGAACCAGGGGUGGCAUCGCCUCAUCAUUUUCCAGGCCUGCCUCAGUGAAGGCUUCAUCCGGAUCCUUGGGCACUUGGAACAGGGAGGGGGCACUGAGGAAGGUCAUUCCAAGGGAGUGGGUCCCUGGCUGAGUAAAGAGGUGUUGCUCACUU